AUGUUUAUGUCUUUUAUUGGUUAUUGUAAAGCGCAUGGACGUUUGCUAGACCCGCCGGGAAGAGGUUCAAUGUGGCGGUUUGGAUUUGAUGUUCCUCCGAAUUACAAUGAUAAUUCGAACUAUUGUGGUGGAAUGGAAAAUCAAUGGAAGAUAGAAGAUGGAAAAUGCGGCGUGUGUGGUGAUCCAUGGCAGGGUCCGAAAGAACAUGAACAAGGCGGAAAAUAUGCUACCGACAUUAUAGGUCGUACUUAUCAAGCCGGUUCUAUUAUCAAUACAACCGUCGAUAUAACAGCAAAUCAUUUAGGAUUUUUUGAAUUUCGUCUUUGUCCAUUACUUGAUCCUCGUUCACGAUUAACACACGAAUGUCUUGAUCAAUAUUUACUUGACAUUGGCAAUGAUUUGUCAUCGACAAAAUAUCAUUUACCACAUGGAGAUAAAUCGUAUUUUUAUGUUCUUGUUCAAUUACCAGAAAAUCUGACAUGUAAACAUUGUGUACUUCAAUGGAAAUAUCAUGCUGGGAAUACAUGGGGCAACGAUAAAUUUGGACGAAAAUGUCGAGGAUGCUCCGAUCAACAAGAAGAAUUUUACAACUGUGCUGACAUAGCUAUUUUAAAACAAAUAUCAAUUGAUUAUAUUGUCUCAACAAAAGAUGAAAAUAAUUUAUUCAUUUCAUUUUCAACAAAUACAGUUAUGUAA